AUGACUUCAAGAACAACUCGCUUAGAUAACACUGGACUUUACCUAAAAAAACCAAUAACGCGUGCAAAGACAACUUUGUAUGUUGAACCUCCUCCACAGUUAGAAUAUACGAUUCAACCCAUGACCAAGCGAAGAAAAGCACUAUUAAAUGGAAAAGCAAAUAUUGAUCGAAAAAAACUACAAGAGCUGAUCGAAGAUGGUGAUCCAACUGGAUUUGAGAUACUUGAAAGGAUUUCUCAUUCACCAACGGAAUUUAAAAAUCUUAUUGCUCUUGCUUGCGAUGAACUGAAAGAAUAUUAUAGACUUAAAGCCGAAGCUAUUGAAAAGAAGACGAAUGAAUUGAAACGAAAUGAAAAAAAUGUACUAGAUAAUAUUAAAAUUUAUGAAGAUAGAAUGGAGCAUUUGCAAAAUACUAGACAUAACUUACAAAUUGCAAUAAAUACAGGAAAUUAUCGACUCAAUGAUCUUACAGAAAAAGCAAAAAAAUUAACUGCCCUAAUCGAGUCAGACAAACGAGUUCUUCAAGCCAAACAAGAUUCAGAUUUAAAUUCAUCUUUUCAAGAUGAUACGGAAGCAAAAUUAGAAUUGCGCAUCCAAUUGUACCAAAAAGAGCGAGAAAGACUCGAAAAUCUCUGUGCUGUUAAACAAGAUUACCUCCUUGAGCUUAAUAAUAAGAUCAAAGAACUUUGCAUGAAAAUCUCCAAAUAA